UGUGGUAUCCAUACAUGAAGAUGACGAGAAAGUGUCUUGCAACUGUAAGAUGUUCAAUUAUACUAGUAUCUUAUGUGCUCGUGCUCUUACAGUGAUGUAUUUUGUUGGUAUCCAUCACAUUCCUCAAAGCUAUAUAAUGAAAAUAUGGACAAAAGAAGAAAAAUGUGGUAUGCCAAGCGACAAAACUGAAAAUGUAGCAAUUGUUGAUGCAUCAAGUGGUAGAGCACAAUGGCAUGAAUCACUUAGUUUAAUGUAUCGAAAAUUCAUCAAUGAAGGUACGAAAAACUUGAAGGCAUAUGAAGUGGCCAAAGAAGAUAUGGAAUUGAUCAUUAGCAAACUUGCUUCGCUUAACAAAGAACUUGAAAUUGUAGAAUCAUUGCCGAAUAACAAAGGUCUUGAACAUCAUAGCAUAAUUAUCUCACAAUCAAGUUAUAUAAAAGUUGGUUUAGAAGGUCAAGUGGCUAAUAUGGGUUUUGAAGGUCAAGUGGUUAAGGAUCCACCACAAUCUCAAUGUAAAAGUAAAAGGAGGCAUCAAAGAAUCAAGCUACAUGCGGAGAAAGCCAAAAAAUCACGGACUUGUGCAAAGUGCAAAAGGAAAGGUCAUAAUAUUAGAACUUGCAAAGAGGAGCCUAUACAUGAGGCCUUGAAUGACGGCAAUUCUACCAGUAGCGAUGGAUCAGUUGACGGCGAUUCGAGUUUCUCCACAUAGAAUUGCAUGAGUGGCUA